AUGGAUAUCGUGCUCGAGCUCGCAGACACCUUCAUCUUUGACCACGCCUACGCCAAGCUGCUCCCCGCUGCAACAUCAUUUCUCGCCGCCAAUGCCACCUUUUCGAGCCUGAAAGAGGAGCCCACCAGCUUCGCCCUGCCGGUGGCAACAUGGCAGUACGAACCUGCGACCAAGUACUUUUCAAUCCAGCCCUCGCCAGCUGCAUACGGGAGUGCAUGGCCGCGUGAUGAUUGGCGCAGACAAUUGUUGACCUUGUACCUGAUUACAUGGCUGUUCGGUGUCCUUGUCUACUAUGUCUUUGCGUCCGCUUCCUAUUUCUUCGUCUUCGACAAGGCGACGUUCGCCCACCCACGAUACCUCAAAAACCAGAUUCGUCUUGAGAUGAAACAAGCCAACAUUGCCUUUCCCAUCAUGGCCAUCUUUACCGCGCCGUGGUUCUUGGCUGAAGUCCGUGGCUACUCGAAGCUCUACGACGCCACAGAGGAGGGGCCUGGAGCCUGGUACAACUGGCUGCAGUUCCCGCUGUUUGUCUGCUUCACCGACUUCUGCAUCUACUGGAUCCACCGCGGUCUGCACCAUAAGAGCAUCUACAAGACGCUGCACAAGCCCCACCACAAAUGGAUCAUGCCCACGCCCUUCGCCUCGCACGCUUUCCACCCCCUGGACGGCUACGCCCAGGGCCUGCCCUAUCACAUCUUCCCCUUCAUUUUCCCGCUCCAGAAGUUCGCCUACGUCGCUCUCUUCAUCUUCGUGAACAUAUGGACAGUCCUCAUCCACGACGGAGAGUACGCGCACAACUCACCCAUCAUCAACGGCGCGGCCUGCCACACCAUGCAUCACCUGUACUUCAACUACAACUACGGGCAGUUCACGACGCUGUGGGACCGCAUGGGUGGCAGCUACAGAAAGCCCAACGACGAGCUGUUCCAGAAGGAGCUGAAGAUGUGCCAGAGCGAGUGGGCGAAGCAGGCCAAGGCCGUCGAUCGGAUGGUGGAGGAAGUCGAAGGCGAAGACGACCGCAAAUACGAGCCUGAUGUGGAGCCCAAGAAGGUCCGCUAG